AUGUCUUAUCCUCCUAUUGAAGGAAGUCCAAAACCGUCAGGUAAGAAUAGAAGACAAUCAUUUUUAGAUAUAGGUGGCCCUAACUCUAUUAAUAAUUUUGCAAAUUCAUAUGCUAGAGCUCAAUCUUAUAUCGGAUCAACUUUAUUAGAAAGAAGUCCUAGUCUCUUAAUCAAUGAUGAAAUUUCUCCUAAUACGUCUCCUCUUUUAGAAGGUCGUGAUGAAGGGGAAGUCACUAUCGAUUAUAGAUUAGAUGAAGAGUCUUCUUCAGUGGAAGAAUACGGAGCUACUUCAGUACCGUCAUCUCCUGGCGCUCAUGGUUAUAAUCAUAUUCGUUCAUUUCAUUUCCCUGGUAAUGAUCUUCCAGUUGAGACAUCACCAUUAUUCAGAAAUCGUUCAAAUUCAAUUGCUGCAUCUAUAAAAUCAAAUUCAAUAAGUAUUAUCACUGGUGAUUCUACUGUACCGCAAACCAUAUUCAAUUCAAUCAAUACCUUGAUGGGCAUUGCAAUGUUAACUUUACCUUAUGGUUUCAAAGUUUCAGGAUUGGUAUUGGGUAGUUUACUAUUACUUACCAGUGCUAUUAUAACUAAUUUUACCGCUAAAAUCUUGGGGAAAAUCUUACAUAGAAACCCAUCUUUAAACACUUAUGGUGAUAUAGCUCAUUUAUUCGGUGGUCCAAUAAUAGCAAUAAUCGUUACCGCCAUCUUUUUAGUUGAUCUUACCGGUGCAUCGUUAUCUUUAAUUCUUUUAUUUUCCGAUUCAUUUAAUAUUUUACUUCCUCAAAUAAGUAAACCUGUCCUUAAAACCUUCAUUGUUAGUUUGUUAUUCUUUUUAUCAGCAUUCCCAUUAUCGAUAUUAUCAAUUUUUAGUCUUUUAGGAGUGAUAUGUACACUCACUGUCAUUUUAAUUGUGAUUAUAUGUGGGUUUUCCAUUGAUACCAAUCCAGGAUCACUUUUUCAACCUGAAAUGUUCAAUUUAUGGCCUAUGGAUUAUAAUUACUUAUUUUUAAGUUUAGGUAUAUUCAUGGCUCCAUGGGGUGGACAUCCUGUAUUUCCUGAACUUUAUAGAGAUAUGAGACAUCCUAAAAAGUUUAAUAAAAGUAGUGAUGUUUCAUUUUCCAUUACUUUUAUUUUGGAUUAUGGGAUUGGAAUCAUUGGUCUUUUAAUGUAUGGAUUAAAAUGUGAAGAUUCAAUCAUUAAAAACUUGAUGCAUAAUGAAGAUUAUCCAGUAUGGGUCAAUCCUACUUUAUGUUUAUUAAUGGGGCUAUUACCAAUUUCAAAAUUACCCUUGAUUGCCAAACCAAUCAUCACUGUCUAUGAAAAUUUCUUAGGAUUAAAUGAUGAUUUAUUAUUACAAAAGGAAUUCAAUGGUUCAUCCCCAGUCUCCAAUUCUCAUAUCAAUAGACAUAAUUCAAGUAUAAUCCUCUUUAGAAAGAUAUCGAGAAUAAUGAGUCGUGCAGUAUUUUGUGUGCUUUUAUUAAUCGUAUCAUUAUUGUUCAAUUCAUUUGGAAAAUUAGUUUCAUUCUUAGGUUCUGCCAUUUGUUUCACCAUUUGUUUUACUUUACCAUUUAUGUUUUAUUUAAAGGUAUUUUAUCAUGAAAUCAGUAUCAUCAAGAAAUUACUUGUCAGUAUAGGUAUAAUCAUUGGUAUUUUAGGAUCAGUGUUGGGAACUUAUGCCGCUAUAACAUUAGAUGUCGAUGUUUAA